UUAAAAUACGUUAUGAGACAAAAGCAAUCUAUCACCCAACUAAUGUCCAAAUCGGAGUUCUAUUCCUCCGGUCUUUGUUACGACCGAGUCCUUGCCUUGCGGCUACGUUUGCGCCACCUACAGCCCCGGAGGGUGAGCGUUAUGGCGGCUUCUUUCCCGCUCCCAGUGACCCAGGACCUGUUCGCGUUGCGUGCCAAGUUGCAGGAGCUGCUGCAGUUCCUGAGGAAAGCCCUGUCCAUUUCCAAUGCACAUACGGUGGACUUCUACACGGAGUCCGUGUGGGAGCAACUGGUCGACUUGCCCCCCGAGACCGUGCUGGGGGUACUGAAGAAGUCAGUGGCAGAGGCUGAGGCCGGGCCCUUGGAGGCGCGCCUCCUGGCGGAAGCCGAGAAGCAAUCAGGUAUUACUAAUUUUCCCAAAAUAUUUUGUGAAACUUCCCAGAAGCUGGUGAGUGUGGAAGCCUUUACUCUGGCUGUGAGAUAUUACUCUGUACAAAACUUGGGAAUAUGUACUCCUUUUGAACAGUUACGUACAGCCCUUCAAGGAAAUAAAAAACAGAGAACUGGUGAAAAUGUAAAACCAGAUGAAUUUAUGAAUUUGAAAAAAUCUCAUGAAGUUCAGGCUAUGUCAGAGCUGAUCAGCAGUAUUGCUGAUUACUAUGGGAUAAAGCAGGUAAUUGACCUGGGUUCUGGAAAAGGCUACCUAAGCUCUUUUUUGUCCUUGAAGUAUGACUUAAAAGUUUAUGGAAUUGAUUCAUCAAAUACCAAUACUCAUGGAGCUGAGGAGAGAAACAGGAAAUUGAAGAAACAUUGGAAAGUCUACCAUACUCGGUCAAAAUUAGAUGCCAAUGGACUGGCAUUAAAAAUGACAAAAGACAGGAAAGUGCAAGAUGAAAUUAAGUAUAAAGUAGAUAUUGAAGGAAUAUGUAACAGCAGUCCUGCGAAUCAAGAAAAGAUGUCUACCUCAGAUUUUUUGCCAGAUUUUUCAAAUUCUGUGAUUUCUAACAUUAGAACACAAAUGGAAAACCUACAUGUAUAUUCACAUAAAGAAGAAAACUUGUGUUUUGAAAAUGCCUUUUCUCUUAUAGACCUUUUGCCUACUAAUGCCAUAGAACCUGCUUUAUUCCAGACACCUAAGACAAAAAUGUCUGAAACAAAUAAAGAGAGAAGAAAACAUAUAUCAAAGUCAAGUGAAUUAAAUAUAUAUUCACCUGUAACAUCUGUUAUCACUGCUGAUUCACAACUACAUGAUAUUAUUAAAGAUCUAGAGGAUUGUUUGAUGGUAGGUCUGCAUACUUGUGGUGAUCUUGCUGCAAACACUCUGCGAAUAUUUACUGCCAAAUCUGAAAUCAGGGGAGUUUGCAGUGUGGGCUGUUGCUACCACCUCUUAUCUGAAGAGUUUGAAAACCCACAUAAAGAAAGUACGCAAGAAAAGUGGGGAUUUCCAAUGUGCCAGUAUUUAAAGGAAGAGAGAUGGUGCUGUGGUCGUAAUGCCAGAAUGUCAGCAUGUUUGGCAUUGGAACGAGUUGCAGUUGGCCAAGGGCUGCCUACUGAAUCACUCUUCUAUCGAGCAGUCCUUCAGGAUAUUAUUAAAGAAUGUUACGGCAUCACCAAAUGUGAUCGGCACGUUGGUAAAAUUUAUUCCAAAUCCUCUUCCUUUCCGGACUAUGUCAGAAAGUCUCUAAAGAAGCUUGGAUUAGAUGAGUCCAAGCUGCCAGAAAAAGUUAUAAUGGACUACUACGAGAAGUAUAAGCCUAGAAUGAAUGAGCUGGAAGCUUUUAAUAUGUUGAAAGUUGUUCUGGCUCCUUGUAUAGAGGCAUUGAUUCUUCUAGAUCGACUUUGCUACCUAAAAGAACAGGAAGAUAUUGCAUGGGUUGCACUUGUGAAGUUGUUUGAUCCUGUGAAAUCUCCCAGAUGUUAUGCUAUUAUUGCCCUGAAGAAGCAGCAAUGAUUUCAGUUGAAGCAAGUUUCCUCUUGAGAAAAGCAAGAUAUUGGUGGAUGCAUAACCCUCUAGACCUCAAGCAGUUGAUGAUUUCUUGGCUGUCCUGCCUCUAAAUGGCAGUGAACAUGUUCAGAACAUGCUGUGGAGAAAAGGGAGGAAAUGAAUACACUGAUCCUCCAUGGGAAAAAAACUAGCCCCUUCCUCUCAGAGAAAAGAAUAAUGCCAGGUAAGUGAAGUCAUGAAAUUUUAUGGUCAUAAUUAAAAAUGCCUACCAAAAAUGAAAAAAAAGUCCUCUCCUAUACAAGAGCAAGAGAGGGCACCAAUCUCUUCCUCAGAAAAGGUAAUGUCACCUCAGUAACUGAAAGCAGAAACCUCUAAAAGGUAGGCAGUCUGUUUCCCAUAAGGAUUACUACUGGGCAAGAUGAAGCAGUUUCCCGGACUAAACAGAAACCCUCAAAAAUAUAAAGAUUUUACAUCUACACUCUUACCUUCAUGAGAUAUCAGGGAUAUGAGGCUGGAAUUUGCUCCAUUUAGAUCCUGAUAAACAAAGUGAAAAUGGAGCCCAUCACAGAGAAUGGUCCCAGUACCCUGGCAGACAGAGGCAGGAAAGACUGUCACAGCUGAUAAUGUUGCUAAAGAGUCAAUUAGUCCCUAAUUAGCUGAGCAGCCCCUGCUGCUGCCCGGCUUGAGGACAGUUUAAAUAGGGAUGUUUCUUAGUAACAGUCUCUGUUUAGGAUGUAAUAAAUGACUCAUUCAGUCCAGGAUAGGAGAAGAUCUCGCUGCUCUAGACUGGGUCCCCUGGGGCUCAAGUGCUAAAAGGAGAGCUCUGGGCUCUAAGUCUAUAUUCGGGUGCCCCUACACUUUGCCCAUGCUGUCUAAACACAUGAGCAUGUGCCACCCACCAGUGUGGGAGUGAAGGAAACGCUACAGCCUAGGAGACACACUAAAAUAGCCUGGGGAGGGCACCCUGAAGAAGGCCCAGAAGAUAGGGAGGGGCCCUUGCAAGAAGGGCUCAGCACUUAACAGCUUCUGGGGAAAGAAGGACCUGCGAAAAAGAACUCCUGCCUGUCCAGAUACACUGGCAGUGCAAGCUGAGUAUGCUAAGCAACAGUGGGAAGCUGUUUCGGCUUCUGCUUUGUGAGAAGGAUUGUCUUCCUUGACACUUCGCAGGGGAGCUGGGGAUAGGCAAUGCGUCAUUCCUCCCUUGGCCAUUCUUCUGCCGCAGGGCUCGAAGCAGAGUGAAGUUGGAUGCUUGCUCCUGUUUCCUCUGUGUGACGUGGUCUCUUCCCGUCCUAGUUACUGCUUUCUUGUUCUCCAGGUGUCCUCAUGUGUGUCAGUGCCUGUGGGAGGCAUUUGCUGAUACUCUGCCCACACCUCCACCACUACCCAAGUGAAGGGUAAGAACAUCAUCUAGGUCACUCCCACGUAUACUUAUUAGGGCACAGACACUGUAAAUUGCAUGCCUGCUUCCUAAUCUGCCUAGUGGAACCUAAGUUCCUCAAAGGCAGGAACCAUGUGAUACACCUUUGAAUCUCCAGAUUUGGACCUACAACAUUAUCUAAUCUCAUAAGUUUAAUAAAGGUUUAUUGAACCUUUCUUAAUAAGAUGAAAUAUAAUAUAU